GAGCUGCACAUUGGUUAGGAUAUUGAUUAACUAGACGGUCUCUAUUACCUGGUAAAACUUGGAAUUGAUUGGAAUCUCCAUGAAAUCUUAAUGCGACAAAUGCACCGUAUCUCUUGACGAAACUCGUAACCAGUCCUUCAAGCUAUCUUUCUUCUCAACCCACACAACCAAUAAUUCGACCACCUACUUUUGGUUUUCAAUAAAAGAGAGAAAAGAAACUGGUCAACUGCAUCUGCCAUGGCGCAAAGCUCCAUCAAAUUCGACAUCCAUACUCCAAUAAUCGGUAAUCCAAACGCAGAUAAAGUAUCGAUCACGACAAUGACAGCGGCUACGCCCCACAGCAAACAGCUCUUACUACCUGAGAUCAUUCUCCGGCUCAUCGAAGUCAUGGUAGAAGCCGACGACGAGAAAUCGAAUCGACCAACGAUAAUAUGCCUCGGUCUUACUGCACGUAUAUACUGGGACUUCCUAAAAGCACAAUAUCCUAUGCAACAAAGAUCAGCCACCUCAUUAUGUUUCCCAACUUCCUUGGAAGAACCUUUUCUUGACAUAUACAGCAUGAGACGACUCACAAAGGCCCUGAAGACAUGGAUUGGUCCUGACUAUCGCCAGGUCUCGGAACUCUUCCUCGACGAGACGAAAGGCUGCCAGAUCAUGUUUUUGCAUCGCAAGAUAUACGGAGAUCUACCCGAUGAUGAUGACGAUGUCAUCGACUCUCGUGAACAUGCACUUUCAAAGAGAGUCCGACAUUGGAAAAAUUUCCCGUUUAAAAGGUGGCCACCAAAGGUACCUUUUCAUUCCCCAAUACUUAAGACGUUGUCGAAUCCCUAUGGGAUGGGUAUUCAAUGGUAUCCCACAGCCGCACGGGAAUUACUCAAUUUAAUCGCCAGCUGCGAGAGAUAUAAACAACUCUAUCCUGUAUUGCAUGAUAGUCGCCUGGGAUACCUUCCGUAUAGAAUCUCAAUUUCGUAUGUUCGAGGUCCGUUGUGGUUCUGGGUACGUGAAGAGGACGACAAAGAUACAACAGAGGUAAAGGAUCUAAAAAGGCAAGUGAGAGAUUUGGAAAAUAUGUUUGGGAAGCCAUGAAACUAGAUGGUACUGCAUGUAAUGAGGGAUACUGGUCAUGGUACGAAGAUUGAGAUCAAAGAUAUCAAUACUACAUGUCGUGCAGUACUAAGCGCUUUAUUCAAAGUAGCUGGAGAUCCUUUAUUAUCUGAUUUGGUUUCCUUGUCCGAUUCUCAGAUUUUGAUUAAUUGGCUGGCUGGCUGGAGACAUUCAACUCUUGAAGUGUUCUCCUUCCCCUUUCAAUAGUCUGUGAUGCCAUCUUACCGUUUCUGUGUGUCGUCAGGAUGAAAUCAGGGGAUAGAGUAGGGUCUUUCAAUUCAUCAAUUAUGUUACAUAUCAAAAGUUUCUGCAGGACAGGCUGAUAGAUAGAACAACCGUACUUAUUGAUUCCUCACAAUAAAGUGAUAAUAUGGUUCAGAAACA